UUACUAAAAUGCAUCUGACUGUCUUUCUCCAUGUCUAUUUUCCAGUUCAUAAUUACUGCCUAAUUGCGACAGCGUUUUCACAAUCUGUAGAAUAUCAUUCUUAGCUCAGUGCAUGACAUGAAGGAAUCCUUUCCGAAAUAAAGCAUCAUUUCACACAGUCAAGUUUGUGGGCUUUUCUAACGCCUGCUGUGAAGGAUGUGGUCUUCUUAAUGGUCCCUAGAGGCGGGUCUAUCAACACUGCCUUCAAGGCAAUGUCCUAAGAGAAGUUAAAAAGUAAAAAAAAAAAGCCUGGAAGAAGUAAUCAGCAUUAAUGCUUAACAAGGCAGACAGAGAAGAGGAGGAAACCAGUCUCAGGUCUUUCAGUUCCAAGCUGCUGUCAGGAUGGAGAAGAUCAUCUUCUGCUUUCUUAUUCUCACAAGUUCCUGUUGUUGGGGUGAAAAAUAUGUCUUUGUUGACAGUCCCCAAAAAAGUUGGAUGUAUGCAAAGGAUUACUGCCAGCAAAACUAUGCCAACAUUGUAUCCCUCACCAGUGCAGAAGAAGAGCGGGUGUUCUUUAAAUAUGUGAAUAAAAACGGACCAAGGGAAGGAUGGAUCGGGAUAUACUGGGAUCAAAACAUGAGAAGAUGGAAAUGGUGGAGAGGUGGCAAUGUCACCUACCACAGAGUUGUGAACUCUGGUGAAUGGGAUACGGUUAAAAAUGUGAACUGGAUGCAGAAUGGAUGGCAAAUGGAAGUCGGUACCUCUCCUAAGAGUUUCUUCUGCCUGAACAUGAUUGUGGUCCAGGAAAGGAAGACCUGGGAGGAUGCUCUGGAGCACUGCAGAAAGAAUGAUGGUGACCUCAUCAGCCUGCUCUCUGAGGUAGAGAACCAUAUAUCUAAGAUAAAGAUCGAGGAUUCAGCCUUGACUCAGCAGGUGUGGAUCGGCAUGCGUUACCUUGGAGACAGCUGGAUGUGGGUGAAUGGAGACCCUGUGCUGUACACGGCCUCAUUAACAGAAGGGGAUCAGGACUACCAGUGUCCGAAGCUGAGGCGCUGCGGCGCUUUGACCAAAGAGGGGAAGUGGGAGAACAGGGACUGUGAGGAGAAACUCAACUUCAUCUGUGCCUGAGUUUGACCAAGGAUCAGGUCUCUAAUAUGAUAGAUACGCAGCAUUUUGUUAUAUCCUUUGAUCCUGAAUUUAUUAUUUUAGUCAUAUUUUAUCAUAUAUGUUAUUGUAAAAACUCUUUCGACAAUUAUGUUCAUAAAUAAUAUUUUCAUCUAAUUAUAGGACUGUAAGGGCUUCUUGUAAAUGGAGAUGCAUAUUUAAUGUGUGUAGAUCUUAGGCUGUGGUGAUUGUAAAAGAUGUAUUGAACUCUGAUAAAAGUUAGUUUGUUUUUUAAAGGGACAUGACACGUUUAAAAAGAGGUUCCUAGCUUGAUUUUUCAUUAACCAUCUGUUUUACUGUGUGCUGUUGUUAUUAUUAUGUGGAAUAAAUCAUGAGUGGAUCAGA